AUGCCAAUUAUUGUUCGACAGUGCUGUGAUUUCUCGGACAAAGAAUACAUUCAAGGUUGUAUUGACAUUCAGACGUAUCUCAAUCUUCUUGCAUUUGCUAAUUUGCACGGUCUGAGAGACCUAAAAGAAGCUACACAAAGUAAGAUGGCGUCGGUGUACAAGGAGAUCUGUGAAAGAAAAGAAUUCUUGUUCCAUAUUGACGCUGAUCAGUUCUUAAAUCUUCUCAGCCGAGAUGACCUCAGUGUUCCUUCCGAGACAUUUGUCUUCAAAUCCGUGAUGCAGUGGAUCAAAUGCAAGAAAGAAGAAAGGAUGCCAUUCGCGGCUAAAGUUAUCGGAGAGGUUCGACUGGGGCUGGUCGAUACCAAGGAUGUGGUUGCAGAACUGAACACAGAGGAGAUGCAGCGAGUGCCUGAGAUUCAAAUGCUUAUGUGUCAAAAACUACUCCUGCAUAGCAACAUGCCCUCGGCCAGCUCUAAGUUUGCUGUUGAGAAAACAAGACCACGUUCAAUAACCUCGGUAAGUGCAGAAAACCUUUAUUUGAUAAAUAGCUGUUGUUCAUGACUUUUUUGUGAUAACUGAGUACAUGUGAUAUAUUUUUACGCGUACUGAUCAAGCUACUGAACUGUUGUGCCCAAAAGAUAAACCGCACGCUCUCACCUCAGUGUUACAACUCUACGGUCUGAGUCAGGCUUUAUAAUCAGACAAUAAUGUUAGUGCCACAUAUCCCUAAUCAAAUCAAAUGUACAGUUUUCUUAAUAGGGUUUCAAUUAAUGUUCAUUGAGUGUCUGGAAAUAUCCAUACGUUUUGCGCUUGGCCUCUUUCAGGUACACGUUGUAAUUUUCCCUGAUGGCUUAGACGACAAAGGGAGGCAACAGGAGGAGGAGGAGGAGAAAGUUUCCGAUCUCAAUGAAACUAAGUAUCUUGAUGCUGAAACAAAAUCAUGGAAACCGUUGCCCUCCAUGGCAAAAUUGAAUAAUGCAAUUGGAUGCAUCGGUGCUGAAGUUGUCAGUAAUAACUUGUACGUUGCUGGAGGAGGUGGUGAUUCUUUUGACAUGUAUUGCUAUAACACGAUUAGAAAUGUAUGGGAGACACUUCUUUGUUGUCAGUGCGAUUUCGUAAGUGAAGCACUAUGUAUGUGUUCUUUCAAUGAAUAUAUAUAUGUAUUUGGUGACCGCUCAGAGCCCCCUCUGAGAUAUAGUUUGAGUCAGAAUGUUUGGCAAAGUGCUUCCGAAUUGCCUUUCUUUAAGAAACUAGAUCAUAGUGAAAAGUUAUUUUCUGUGACAGCAGUGAGCAUUAAUUCCAAAAUAUAUGUACUUCAUGGAUAUUACAGUGAGAAAUAUGAUCCCUUUCAGAAUAGGAUAAGUGCAAAACCGGCCGUAGUUCACUGUUUUGAUCCACAGAAAAAUGAAUGGGAAAAGAAGGCUUCAACCUUGUCUCCUCACUUUGAAUCCAGCCUUUUUGUAGAUAAUAACAAGCUUUAUGUGGCCGGUGGAAAGGUUUCGGUUUAUGAAGGUAAUGGGGGUGUGAAUACUUCAGGUGAAACAGCCCCUGUCGAAGUUUAUGAUGAGGAAAAUAACUCGUGGUGCGUUGUUCAACAAAACCACAUUCCUUCAAACGACCUUAAUGCAGUAGAACUGAUAGGAGGAAAGGUCUAUUUCAUCAUCAACAAAUUUCCAAUUGACAGUGGAAUUAGAAUUCCACCAAAUGAAGUGUACAAAAUUUCUUUACAAGAGUGGGAACAUUUGACAACCAUCCAUAAAGCUGCUGUCUUGUGCUAUUUACCAGUAAACAAAGAGAUGUUAAACACGUUGAAGGCUGCAGCGAAAUCCCCUCUUGAAACAGUAAACUAA